AUGGCUCUGGGGCUACAGCGUGCCAGGUCGAGCACCGAGCUGCGCAAGGAAAAGUCCCGGGAUGCGGCCCGCAGCCGGCGCAGCCAGGAGACCGAGGUGCUGUACCAGCUGGCGCACACGCUGCCCUUCGCGCGCGGAGUCAGCGCCCACCUGGACAAGGCCUCCAUCAUGCGCCUCACCAUCAGCUACCUGCGCAUGCACCGCCUCUGCGCCGCAGGGGAGUGGAACCAGGUGGGAGCAGGGGGCGAAGCUCUGGAUGCCUGCUACCUGAAGGCCCUGGAGGGCUUCGUCAUGGUGCUCACUGCCGAGGGAGACAUGGCUUACCUGUCGGAGAAUGUCAGCAAACACCUGGGCCUCAGUCAGCUGGAGCUCAUUGGACACAGUAUCUUUGAUUUCAUCCAUCCCUGUGACCAAGAGGAGCUACAGGACGCCCUGACCCCCCGGCAGAGCCUGUCCAAAAAGAAGCCGGAGGCCCCCACCGAGCGCUGCUUCUCCUUGCGUAUGAAGAGCACCCUCACCGGCCGCGGGCGCACCCUCAACCUCAAGGCGGCCACCUGGAAGGUGCUGCACUGCUCUGGACACAUGAGGGCCUACAAACCCCCUGCACAGACAUCCCCAGCAGGAAGCCCCAACUUGGAGCCCCCCCUGCAAUGCCUGGUGCUCAUCUGUGAAGCCAUCCCCCACCCAGGCAGCCUGGAGCCCCCACUGGGCCAGGGGGCGUUCCUCAGCCGCCACAGCCUGGACAUGAAGUUCACCUACUGUGAUGAGAGGAUCGCGGAGGUCGCCGGCUACAGCCCCAGUGACCUGAUCGGCUGCUCGGCCUACGAGUACAUUCACGCUCUGGACUCGGAUGCCGUUGGCCAGAGCAUCCACACCUUGCUGAGCAAGGGCCAGGCAGUAACGGGGCAGUAUCGCUUCCUGGCCCGGAGUGGUGGCUAUCUGUGGACCCAGACCCAGGCCACAGUGGUUUCAGGGGGCCGGGGUCCCCAGUCUGAGAGUAUCGUCUGCGUCCACUUCCUGAUCAGCCGGGUGGAAGAGACUGGAGUGGUGCUGUCCCUGGAGCAGACAGAGAGACACUCUCGCAGACCCGUUCAGCGGGGCACCCCUUCCCAGAAGGAUGCCCCUAAUUUCCGGGACAGCCUUGAUGCCUCUGGUCCCCGGAUCCUGGCCUUCCUGCACCCUCCUGCACUGAGCGAGGCCACCCUGGCUGCUGACCCCCGGCGCUUCUGCAGCCCCGACCUCCGUCGCCUCCUGGCACCCAUCCUGGACGGGACUUCAGGAGCCACCACCCCCAGUGCACCCCCAGCCACACGGCGGCCCCAAAGUCCUCUUCCGGCUGAUCUCCCAGAUGGACCACACUUGAACAUGGAGAACACACACAAACUCGUGGCCUCAGGGAAGGACCUUGAGUCUGUGGAGUCGGAUCUAGAUGUAGCUCAGGACGUCGAUGGUCUGGAUCUGGAGAUGCUGGCCCCCUACAUCUCCAUGGAUGAUGACUUCCAGCUCAGCUCCAGCGAGCAGCGGCCCAGGGCCUUCCACAGACCUCCAGGCGCUGUCCCCCGGCCUCGUGCUCGGAGCUUCCAUGGCCUGUCGCCCCCAGCCCCCGAGCCCUCCCUGCUGCCCCGCUGGGGAAGUGACCCUCGGCUGAGCUGCUCCAGCCCUUCCAGAGGGGACCCCUUGGCGCCCUCCCCCACGGCUGGGGCUCGGAAGAGGACCCUGGCUCGGAGUGCAGAGGACGAAGCCGAGGGCGUGGAGCUGUUAGGAGUGAGACCCCCCAAAUGGUCCCCCAGCCCAGAAGCCGAAAACUUCCUGCUGCCUCCCCUCAGCCUGAGCUUCCUUCUGGCCGGAGGGCCAGCCCCAGGGAGCCAGCAGGACGCCAGCACCCACCUCCUGGGACUGCGUGAGCCCCUGCGCCUGGGCCCCUCGCUGCUCUCUCUCUACCCGGAUGAGGACACAGCCGAGCCCAGGAGCCACUUCCAGCCAGCAGCAGGCUUGGCCCAGGCCAACUGAGCCAGCCCCUCUCCCUUCUACUCCCCA